UCCAUUUGACAUAUUCUGGUAAUUUCAAUCCCUCCUUGGAGACACUGACGAUGGAGAACCUUCUUCUUCUUCAGAAUUGGGAUUCGUUCCAACUUGGAUGACAUUAAUCUCUCAACCUGCUCCAGAGGCAAUACCAAUUAUGGCUGAAUUGCCCCAGGAGCAUAUAACAUCAAUCAAGGAAGAAUAUGAUGUUCAGUGUUGGGGUUGUGGACUACACCUUCUUCUUCCAUCAAAUUCUCCACUUUUCAAGUGUGGUUGGUGUGGAGCUUUAACUAAUCAAAAUGCAAGAAAACGUGAUGUCAAGUACAUUUGGCUGAGACGCUGGCGCGAUCGAAUUUUUGUCUUUAUCCUCCUCAUAUUUAUGCUCUUUGUGAUAUGUGGUGGAGUGUGGGCCGUGCACCCUGUUCUUUUCUCUACCGGCUAUUUCACUGGAAUUUUCCACUCCAUCUUAACCUUCAUAUUGUCUGUAGCAACUGUUUACACAUACAGUUCUGCUGCAUUCAAGUGUGCUGGAACCCCUCCAUUGAUAGUCUGGGGCAGCUAUCCAGCUGUUGGGAAAGGUGGCCUUGAGAAUUAUACCUUCUGUCACCUCUGCUCAAAGCCCAAGUCACCAAGAACUCAUCACUGCCGAACCUGUCGACAGUGUAUAUUGGACAUGGAUCACCACUGCCCAUUUAUUGGGAAUUGUGUUGGUGCUAAUAACCACCCCCACUUCAUUGCCUUACUUAUUUCAGUUAUCAUCAGCACAACAUAUGUCUCUAUCAUGGCUGUAUAUGUAAGUUUCCAAAUAUGGCCACCCAUAACAUUUGGACCCAUCAGCAACUCUAAUGGGCAUAUCACUGAGUUGGCUUUGAGAUAUAUCCAGGAGCUUAUAAUGUGUUUUAUAAGAUCUGCAGUGUUUUUGGAGCCCAGAGGGCUGGUUCUAGUAUAUCUGUUUAUUUCUAGUGUUUCAUUGGGGGUAGGGUUGUUCAUACUUCUGUGGCAGCAGCUCUGUUAUAUAUAUAAGGGAAAAACCUUCUUGAGUGAUUUAAGUUCACAAGGCAAUGAAGAAGUUGGGGAGAAGGAUUGCCAAAAUAUAUUGCGUUUCUUUGGAUGGCCAUAUUCUUUCUCAAGAUACUUGCCUUUCUGGUCUAUUUCAAGACUUUUGCCAAGUUUCCAGAAGAAGAGACACACAAAGUAAAAAUUGUAGUAUGAGUUCAUGAUGUCCAUUUCUUUCCCUUUUCUGGGAGGGUGGGGGAGGCGGAGACUUGCUUUCUUACUGGAAUGGGGUGGGGCAGGGUGGUAGUAUGCGCCAUUCCUAUGAACGCAACCAAUCAUGGUGCUGCUCACAUGGUCAGGUGAUUGUAUGAGGGAAAAAAUAUACACCCCCACCCCACAGAAGACUCUUCUUUAGGAUGGUAGUUGCAGCGAUUUGUGCUUUAAUCACGUACUGUAUAAUCUGUAUCAUACAUUUUUUUUUUGGGAAAGUAGGACAACCAUUUUUUCCACUGAUAGUUUGAUUCAGCGUGUGCUUUAUUUGAUUGCUGACAGAAAAUUUUGAACUGUUGUUUCUUA